AUGUCGGUCGUUACAGGGCCGGCUGAUGAGGACGACAGGUCUUGGUCUUCGUGGAGCUCGGCUUUCGAGCCGUUGAGUCCGGAGCCUCCUCCUAAAUCUGGGAAGAAGGUUAAGAAGAAGAAGACGAAGAAGAAAAAGAAGUUUUCCCGUAAGCAUAGCAAGGCGAGACAGAAGAGCCCUGCAUCGGGCUCGGAUAGCUCCGCCAUUGAGGCCAAGGCUGAUGUUUUGCGAGAGUCGGAUUCGCGGAAGCCGACGGUUUCCCGCGACAUUGACCUGCAAUCUGCAAGCACAUACACGGUGGAGGCUCACACGGUCUUCACGGCUGAGCGUUGGGACAACGACUCGGUCUCGGAGAGAAAACCGGCGCAAGAGCGCGUGCGCCGAAGCGCCGACAGAGUCUCGGAGGGCUGGAGCCCGGUUUUCAGCUACGUGCUGAAGGUGUGCGUCGGCGCCGUCGGCGCUCUCCAUCGAGUAGCUCUGAGCGCUCGAGGAGCAGAAACCGUGAUCGCAGACGCGACCGGGAAUCAAGAUCGGGGGGAUCGCGAGCCGCUGCGCCUUUUCCCCCGCCGGUGCCUCAGCUGCCGGUUGCAGCGCCGGGAUAUGAAUGGAGGCAAGUACCAGUGGCGCCGGUGCAGCCACCUUUGCCGCCUCCCUCGACGCCUGCCCCGAUUGCCCCUACUGUGCAUGUGCCCCAGCAGCAGACUUCUUGGGAAUCGCCAGUCCUGGCGCGGAGGAGGCCAGCAGAAGCAGCAAGGCCAAUGGGGCAAGCGCUGGAACCAGUGGCAUCGGUCCAGUCAGGGGUCGAAUGACCCUCGAGGGUCGGGCCAGCAGUCCUCUUGGACGGAUCCAGACCAUCACAACAUUGCGGAGGCCACUCCUUCUGAAGUGGCCGCGGCCGACGCUCGUCGGGCUGCCAAGGAGGCUGAGAAGGACGAGGCGGACGACGAAGAGUCGUACAUGGCAGCCUUGUGGAAGUCGGCGCAGGAUGAAGCGCGCGCAGACCCCACUCGCCCAUUGUCAGCUCGGGAGCUGGCAGAGCAGGGGAAACUGCAAUGGUGGUGGAAGAUGCCUUGGAAGACCAUCGCCGAGAAGCUUCCGGACACGCAUGGCUACAAGGAGUUCUUGGAAGGAAUGGAAGGCCCGAUACCGGCCUCUGUGAUUUCCCGCGUGGUCACAGUCCUUGCUGCUUUUCGGCACUACGGCCGCCCCCUUGAGGGAGACAAUCCUGUGGCGGGCGUCGUCGGACCCGAUGGCCAUAUCUUUCGAGUGCCUGGGCAACGGAUUUUGAUCUUAUCCUGCGAAUUGCGCGGGCCAAGCUAUAUCCGUAAUUCGAACUCGGCACAUUCGGCUGUCAUGGCUCAUGGUACCUCUUUCCCAUCUUUGGUCGGCGUGGCCGAGAUAGGGGAGAUAGCGGUAAACGAUUAUCGCGAUCAGGGAACCCCCUGCUUCGGCUUUUCGGCAAGAGGGUCAUUGGUCACCUUGUCGCGGGAUGCACUAGAAAGCGCAGCGACAAAAUGCGCGAGUCGGGCCAAAGCCCUGGGCGGGGCGAUUGUCCUCGUAGAGUGCGAGUUGCCACGAAGCACCCCCGCUGUGGAGGGGGGGAAUGAUAUGAUGCAGAUCUGUUGCCGGGACGCUGGAUCGGUCAGGUCGGGGGAUCACUUUUUGAUCUCCCCAAAACACGCGAUUAUGAGAGGAAUCGCAGUAGGGUGGCCGUGCUAA